AUGUCCCGAGCUGUCGAUAGACUUCCCGCUCCCGCGGAGGGCCGUUCAAUGAAAGUUAUUGGACUCGGUCCUAGCCGUACUGGAACUCUCGGACUAUGGCAAGCAUUGAAGAUUUUGGGGUACACCCCCUUCCAUAUCUCAGAGCUCUUGCCGUAUGGCUUCCAGCAAAUGAGGGCACUUCAAGAGGCUAUCAUCGCCAAUGACAGCGACAACCCAUUUCAACGGGCCGAAUUUGACAAGCUCUUCGCCGGCUACGACUGUAUUGUCGAAAGCCCCUGCUAUCUUUGUCCAAACAUCAUCAAAGAGUACUUGGAAGACCCAAAUGUCAAGUUCAUCUUGACAGAGCGUACACCAGAGUCUUGGGCUAAGUCGAUCGCGGGAUCCCUCGGAGCCUAUCAUGCAAAGCUCGCGAAGCCGCCUUUGUCGAUCGCUAGGUACUUUGACAGCUUCAUCUGGGAGCUGACUGCGCUGUUCAAAGCCAUGACGCACAGAUGGUCGGGUGGACUGGAGCCCAGUGACCCUGGUUUCAAUGAAGCGCUGUCCAAGAGCUAUAUAGAGUACCUAGAGAGCGUAAAAGCUCUUGUGCCUGCUGACAAGCUUCUGGUCUUGAACCUUGAAAAGGGAUUCGGCUGGGAAGAGAUCUGCAUGUUCUUGGGGAAAGACGUUCCGGAGGAACCAUACCCGCGCAUCAAUGCCAUGUCAGACUUCCAUAUUGCCGCAGAGAUGGUGGUAUCUCCCGCAAUCAAAAAGACGAUGCGGAUUCUCACGUCGUCAGCAGUUGCCGUUGCUGGUGUCGGUAUUUGGUUUUGGCAGAGGAGGAGGUAG